ACUAAAACCCUCUAUAACAAAAAAUCUGAUGUUCCUAGUGAAACUAUCAGAACCAUUUAUAGACAAAUGGUUCAUGAUUAUGACUUGACUGGUUACAAAAUCUUCUAUACUGACGCCUCAGUUGGCGGUGUAGCCACUGGAGUAGCAAUUUACAACUAUUCUGACAAAACUAAACAAUCCUUCAAGCUGAACUUUAAAUCUUCCUCCAGUUUUGGAGAAACCUUAGCGAUCUUAAAAGCCAUACAGCAGGCUAAACUACACAAUCAUAGAAAAAUAGUAAUUUUCACGGACAGUCUAGUGGCAUGUUUAUUAUUAAGCAAAAAAAGAACUCAAAACUAUAUCAUCUGUGCUAUUCAUAAAACUAUACUGGAAGCAGACUUUGACAGGGUGACCAUAAUAUGGACACCAAGCCAUAAGGGGAUUCCUGGCAACGAAACGGCCGAUGAACUAGCCAAGGAUGCACUCAAUUCUGAUGAUGAAACACAUGUCAACCUUACUAAUGAGCAGGCCCUAAGAAGUAUCAAAAAUGAAAUUUAUCACAAAUGAUCUUCCCAUGCGUAUCAAAGAAAGCAUGGUUCCACAACUCCUACUUAGGUGCCAAAGAGACCAAAAUAAUCAACCGCAUUCUCACUGGAUGCACUUACGACAGCGAAUAUCCCUACAGAAUCAAAGCCAGGAACUCGAAUAUAUGUAGAUGUGGCAUGCAAGAUAGCUACAUACAUCAAACAUUCCACUGCUCCUUUUUAAACAGCGCUCGGGAGGGCCUCGAAAUCUUUCAAGAUGGUGCCAACUUCCAUGACAUCCUUCACGAUCUCAACCACAGCAAAAUCACUCAACUUGCCAAUUUUUUUCA